GUUUCACUCUCCGUCUGAUUUCAUUUGACACUUUUACAAUUUUUCCCCAUUUGCAUGUACGUUAUCUCCCUCUGUUUUCAUUUCACCCGGUUUCUUCUUCCCCACAUUUUUUUUCGAAUUAAAAAAUUCAGAAAAAUCCGAUUUUUAAAAUUAUAUUCUAAUUGGGGUGGUUAGCAAAAAAUUGAUUCCUUGUAUUAUCGAAGAAAAUGAGGUGGGAAAAGGUUGAGGUGAAGGCGAUAGGCACAACAACAGAGGGUGGUGGCGGUGGAGGGCCAGGGAAGAGGUGGGGUCACACCUGCAACGCCGUCAAAGGUGGCAGACUUGUCUAUGUCUUCGGUGGUUACGGCAAAGAUAACUGCCAGACCAACCAAGUUCAUGUCUUCGACACUGUGAAACAGACAUGGAGCCAACCUGCUUUAAAAGGCUCCCCACCAACUCCUAGGGACAGCCAUACAAGCACAGCCGUUGGUGAUAAUUUGUUUGUGUUUGGGGGUACAGAUGGAAUGAACCCUCUCAAGGAUUUGCACAUAUUAGACACUUCUUUGCAAACAUGGGUUUCUCCAACCAUAAGAGGAGAAGGGCCACCAGCACGUGAGGGUCAUAGUGCAGCAGUUGUUGGCAAACGGCUAUUCAUCUUUGGAGGUUGUGGAAAAUCUGCAGAUAAUAAUAAUGAGCUCUACUACAAUGAUCUUUACAUAUUAAAUGCAGAGACAUUUGUUUGGAAGUGUGCUACAACAUCAGGCACUCCACCAUCUCCUCGUGAUAGCCACAGUUGUUCAUCUUGGAGAAACAAAAUUAUUGUGAUAGGAGGUGAAGAUGGGCAUGAUUAUUAUUUGUCUGACGUCCAUAUUCUUGAUACUGAUACUCUAAUUUGGAGGGAGCUGAGUACAUCAGGCCAAUUGUUGCCACCUCGAGCUGGUCAUUCCACUGUUUCUUUUGGCAAGAACUUGUUUGUUUUUGGUGGAUUUACAGAUGCCCAAAACCUCUAUAAUGACCUUUAUAUGCUCGAUAUUGAUACUGGUGUUUGGACAAAUGUUACAACUGCAACCAAUGGUCCUUCUGCUAGAUUUUCUGUGGCUGGUGACUGUUUAGACCCUUUUAGGAGUGGUGUUCUUAUAUUCAUCGGUGGUUGUAAUAAAAGUCUUGAGGCCCUGGAUGAUAUGUAUUACCUAUAUACAGGGAUUGCUCGAGAAAGUGAACAGAGACCAGAAAAAUUAUCUUUAAAGAAGCAAUUGAAACUGAAAUGUCUAGAACAAAAUCCCAAUCCUAGCCAAAAUCAAGUUCUAGUUAGAUAUGGAGUGGGUUCUGAUGUGGGACAGACCAUGAAAGUGUUGAAUUAUAGCCAACAAAGUAGACUAAAUAUCCCAGUAAACCAAUCCCUACCUCCUGGUAAGAAAAUGUUUGAAGCCAAGGUUACUGAAAACAUCUCAGAAGGAUAUACUAUUGAAACUGUUAUUGAUGGAAAACCUCUUCGUGGAAUUCUGUUUUUAAACAAGCCUAUCUCUCUGUACACAGAUGCUCAUACUUGCAGUAGGAAAAGGACUGUUGGUGAAAUUGAUAGUGUUGUCUCGAAUGGUAUACACCCUAACCAAUUUAAGACUCCUAAAGUGGUCAAGCAAAAUCAAAUGGAAAACCGAGAAGCAUCUCGUGGAGACAGUUCAGAAUCUCAUGAACACCGCACUGAAUCCAUUGCCGUGCUUAUGUCAAGUAACCCAAUGACUGCCAAUCCUUCUGAUACCCAUAAGGUUUCUGCCAACCCAGAAGCAGAAGCUGCUGCUUUGAAUCAAAAUGAUGAAAAACAUGAAACACCCAAAUCCUUAAUUGGAAACUUGACAAAUGAUGGAGCGAAUGAUGUGACAAGUUCUAAAGGUGAGGUGCAAACUAAUGAUCAAACAAAUAUGCUAAUUUCCAACUUUGAAGUUCCAAGACGCGAUAAAACAAGUGAUGCUCCAAACUACAACACUGAAUUUCUGAAACCUGCUGCAGCUGAGAGUGCUUUGCAUCUGUCAAAUCAAGUAGGUGCAGUGGUGGAUUCCGCAACUCCACAACUCCAACGGCAAGAGAAUGCAGUGAAUCAGCAAAAUUAAUUUGAGCUCAGGAGAUAACGGCUGAUGGUGAUAACUGUCUGCUCGGCAUUUGUACAUUCCUCUUCUCAUGUUGAUCUUAGAGGUCAAUAUAACUGGUGAUAUAGGCUAACGUGUUCCACUGGUGGGUUAUACAAUCAUUUACUCACUGUCACCCUUUAGUCUGAAAUUUUAAUUGAACAAAACCAUGAUUACGUUUAGGUGUAGGUAGUGAUAGAAACAGUUCUAUUUUAUUGUGUUAUGUUCAUUCCUGUCUUCAUUUAUUGCAUGGAAAAAAAAUUUUGUUUUGUUGGUGGCUGGGCAUCAGUACUUUUUCUAAAUGCAGUUUAACCUAUUAAAUUCUAAAGUUAGAGUUA